AUGCUUGGCAGUGCUAAUCGUCAUCGUCAAGUCAGCAUGCUUCAUCAUGUGUUUUGCAUGUUCGCUGUUUUUGUCACAUGCAAUGCAAGUGAUAUUUUUGGUCAAGCGACUACUCUAGCUGCUGUCACGUAUGCACCAUUAGUUGUCGCUGCAUUUGGAACGACCACAAAGCCACCCGAAAAGACUUACGCUGGUACAUAUUUGAUUAUUGCUCCACGUAUAGUUCGGCCAAACUUGCCGUAUGCCGUAUCGGUGAAUAUAUUGAAAAGUUCUGAAAGUGAGCAUAUCGUUAGAGUUGAAAUAAGGACUACACAAAAUGAUACAAUUGGCGCACGAGUUGUGAACAAUGUUAAAACAGGAGUUCCACAAACCAUAACGAUCGAGGAGUUGUCUUCGGAUAGUUUGCUACCAGGAUCCAACUAUAAAGUUUAUGUUCGUGGCGAAACGAUAGGAUCAAAAAUUUUAUUUGAACAAGAAAAAGAAGUGGGAUUUGAUGCGAGAUCAGUAUCUAUUUUCGUUCAAACGGAUAAAGCCAUCUACAAACCGUCUUCUACUGGUCACACUUUAUUUAUUCUAGUACGAUAUCGAGUGGUUGUCGUCAACCCCGACCUGAAACCUUAUGCUGAAACUAUAUCAGUCAAAAUUCGCGAUCCAAAUCAAAAUAUUAUUAGUCAACGAAUUGAUGAAUCGCUUUCGAAAGGCAUUCUCUCGGGUGAGCUCGAAUUGGCAAAUGAACCUCCUCUGGGUGAUUGGCAAAUUUUAGUGGAAACUAAAAGUGGAAUCAACUUUGAGGAUACGUUCACCGUUGAAAAAUAUGUUCUACCCAAAUUUGAAGUGAAUAUCAAAACACCGAGUUUCAUAACGGUUGCUGAUGAUCUCAGCGUCUUGGUCGAAGCAAAGUAUACUUAUGGGAAGGGGGUUUCUGGUAAGGCGAAAGUGACGUUGGAAUUGCCGUGGCAUCGGUGGCAUAGCUACCACUUGAGCAGUGACGGAUCGAGUGCACAGGGAGAACAAGAUUCACUGAUCGAGCGUACUGUGAAACUAAACAACAUGGGUGAAACAACAGUUGUGUUCUCGAACGAGGAACUGAAGAAGCAUAAAUUAAUCACUGAUUAUGGUGGAAGUUUCAUUCAUAUUGCAGCUAGUGUCACUGAAGAUCUCACUGGUAUACAAAGGAAUAGUUCUACGCAGGUAGUUGCAUACAGACAUGAUGUGAAAUUAGAUGUUGAAAAGCAAGGUGAUACAUUCAAACCAGGACUUAAUUAUAAUGUGGUUGUAACGCUCAAACAGAUGGACAAUACUCCAGUUAAAGCGACCGUGCCAAAGCGAGUUCAGGUCACAACCUACUACAAUUAUCCAUACGUGCCAGAUGCACCAACACAACACGAGGAUAAAGAAGUGAAAAUUCUCGUUCUAGAUGCUCACGGUACAGCUGUUUUGAAUCUUCAGCCACCAUUGAACUGUACUAGUGCAAGAAUCGAGGCUCAUUAUGAUCGUUUGGGGAAAGAUAAUUUUACGAAUGCCAUGAUAUACUCAAGCUUGUAUGUUGAAGCGAGUAAAAGUCCAUCGAACAGUUUUGUGCAGCUACUUGCUGAUCACGAAGGAGUUAUUGAUGCUGGCAAAACACUCUCAUUCACUGUGAAGGCCACCGAGUCACUAUCGUUCAUCACCUAUAUGGUGAUGGCUAGAGGCUCAGUGGUAUUAUCACAAGAAUUAGCCGUGAAUGGUGAUCUGACGACAGUCACAUUUACGGCCACCCCCCAAAUGGCACCAAAGGCGCGAUUAGUAGUGUAUGCAGUUAAGCCGACCAAUCAGGAAAUCUUGGUAUCUUUAUCACUCGAUCGUAGCACUGCAGCACCAGGCGAUAGAAUAAAAUUAAUCGCCAAGGCUGAUCCAGAAUCGACGGUCGCAUUACUGGCUGUUGAUCAAAGUGUAUUGCUGCUGAAAUCAGGCAACGAUAUUACUAGAGAACUGGUUGAACAAGAUAUUGAACUGUACGAUACGACGAAUCCGUCUGGGUCAUAUCGACCAUGGGAAGCAGCAUUUUCGAGACGACGUCGGUCGAUCUGGUAUCCAUUCUGGGGGAUUGGCGGCAAAGAUGCUGCCAGUAUAUUUGAGAAUGCUGGUCUUGUUGUGCUUACUGAUGCAUAUCUCUAUCGUGAACCUGAACCAACCAGUACGUUUAAUCUUUUCACGACCAACUACUUAAAAUUUUCUUUUUUCUUUGCUAUUGAAUCCUUCCUAAUUCACUGA